UGCUUGCGUUCAAUAAGCUCGCGAACGUAAUAAAGUUCUUUUACAUUCAGAUAAUGUUAUAAAAGAAAAACAGUACUUUAUAAUAUUCACAGCGGCAUCUUUCAUAACCUCAACAAUCAGGAACAUACAGUACUUCUAUGUAAAAAUGCCACCAACAAAAAAGACUGAUUUAGACAAAUUAGCAUGGGCUUGGGUGGAAGGUGUGGUUUUAGACCAAAUAGAAAGGAUACAUUUGGAAACUGCUUAUAGAAUAGGUUUAAAAGCAUGUAAAAAUUGCAAACGUAAUUGCACAAACAAUCCACAGUGCUUGACUGGAUUAGGAGAAGAAAAAUAUAUGAAGUCACAACCUGCUGAAGUAAUGCCUUUAGAAAGUUCUUUAUCUGAGUUACGCGAUCCUACACAAUAUGUUGGUCUAAAGAAUUUAGGUGCAACGUGUUAUGUUAAUAGCUUAAUUCAAAUGUGGUUUCAUAAUGAAGAUAUGAGGAGAAUAAUAUACAAGUGGAAUAUCACAGAUGAUCCAGAGGAAAAGGAAGCACUAUGUCAAGCUAAGAAGGCAGGAGUACCAUUUCAUCCAGUGACAGCAGUUGGACAGUUGCAAUAUAUAUUUGCAAUGAUGCAAUUUGGAAAUCGUCGUCUACUCGAUCCAAUGAACCUUGCAAUCGCGUUGUCAUUGGAUACUAGAACUCAGCAGGAUGCACAGGAAUUCUCCAAGCUGCUUCUCUGCCAUAUCGAAGGGAAACUUCAACAAAACUCAGAACUGAAGCAGAUGCUGCAGAGGCUGACCCAAGGAAAAUACAGCUAUAUCAAUUGUUGCUCGAAAUGCGGAACUGAAUAUCCAACGUCCACAACGUUCUACGAAUUGGAUCUACAACUUGCAGCCACUUUGAAAGAGGCAAUAGAGAAAUACUUGUCUGUGGAACAGUUGACUGGAGCAAAUCAGUAUCACUGCGUUACCUGCAAUGACAAAAAAGAUGCGCGCCGUUUUAUACGCUUGGAAUCUCUUCCAGAAACAUUAAAUAUACAGUUAAUGCGUUUUGUGUUUCAUAGAGAUUCUGGGCAGAAAAGAAAGUUGAAUUCUUUUAUACAAUUUCCCGAAGAUCUUGAUAUGUCAGAAUAUGUGAGGUGUCCACUACAAACUCAUUUGUACAGUCUUGUAGCAGUUUUGAGUCAUAAAGGACCAUCUGCACAUUCAGGUCAUUAUAUUGCAAAUAUAUGCAAUUCAAACGGAGAAUGGUAUCAAUUUAGUGAUGAUAAAGUAGAAAAAAUGCAGAAUAAAAGAAUCGAGGAUGGAGUUAACGAGAAUUCAAAGAUCAUAAAACGAGGUCGUAUACCGAAAGGAUUUUUAUCUUCUAACACUGCAUAUAUGUUAGUUUAUAAAAAAGUUACUUCUGAAAAACGAAUAAAUAAUACAAAAAAAAAUAAGUUAAAAAAAUUAGAUACAGAAACUAAUAGCAAUUAUAACACAAUGCAUGAAGAAAACAUCGUGAUAGUUAAAGAAAAAUCUGUUUCAUUAGAUGAAGGAAAGUGUAAAUAUGAUACAAUUUCCGUUUCGGAUGUGAAUAAUUCUGAGAAAAUGUUAAAGCUUGGAAUAGAGACUAAACAGGAAAUGGAAAUUUCGAAAGUAUCAGAAAAUAUUGUAAUGGAAGUAUCUGUAAGAGAGGAGUCUACUUUUGAUGAACAAAAUGGCAAACAUUACGAAUUCGAUAAUAAAGAAAAUCAGCAUGAUAUAUUUAUCAAAAAAUCAUUACCCAAAGUUGUGAAGAUAGACUACAAACGUUUAAACGGUGCCGCACAUAGAGCUAUGAGUUGUGGGGAACGUGACUUUUACGAAGAGAUGGAAUUUGAAAAUUGGGAAGUGAGUCCAACAUUGCGUGAUUUAGUGAGACAAGAAAAUGUGAAACAUGAAUUGAGUUUAUUGGCGACUCAACAAGAAAAACAAAAGGAGAUUGAAGAUCAGAACUUAAAGAGACAACUUGUCAUAGAUGUAUAUAAUAUUAUUUCGAAUGUAAUUUCAUGGGAGAAAUAUCAAUGGAUUCCAAGUGAUUGGUUAUCAAAAUGGCUAAAUGGACAUUCAUUCAUUGAUGGGGUGCCACCAAUAGAUAAUUCUACAUUGAUGUGUACGCAUUAUCGACUUGAUCCUUUAAAAGUGAAUCGGGCAAAAUGUAUUCCUGUAGCUGCUGCAGAUAUACUUUAUGAUAAAUAUCGUGGUGGACCACGUUUGGAUGAAAACUCUUUUUGCGAAGUUUGUGUGAAACGUCGAUAUAAACUACUUCGUUUCAAGAUGUCACUUGAACGUGAUUACAAGGAAGUUAGUGAACUUAUUCGCAAUUUUAAAGAACCAUUCGAGACUAGUUAUGUUGUGGGUGCUGAUUCAUUGAGAUCGUGGCGAAGACUUGCAAUGGAAAAAUUUAUGGACGAUAUGGAACAAGAAAUUGAGGAUGAAGAUUGUCAAGAUUCGAAUAGUAUUCAAGAAGACAGGAAAAAUGAAAGCAAGGAAAGUGAACGAAUAAAGGAAUCAGGAGAAGGAGAAGAGAACGAAGUUAUAAUUUACUUCAAUGAAGAUUUACUUUGUGAGCAUGGUUCAUUGAAAACACCAGACUCAACAAGAAAAAUAGUACCCCGCGAAGCUUGGAUGAUACUUCGAAAAUAUUUUCCAGGAUCUAAGGAGUAUCCUAUUGGUUCUAGCUCAUGUUCCAUUUGUGAGGAAAAAAUGGAAAAUGCACAAAAGGCAAAAAAAGAUGAUAAAAUAAAAGCCAAACAACAAAAGGACGAGUUAAAUGAUUUAUAUCAUGGUAAAAAUAGAAAUGAAAUAUUAAAAUGUGAAGAGCCAGAAAAAGCAUUUUAUAUCGUGGAGAAGGGAUUUUUGGACAGUUGGCGUUCUUUUCUUCGGUAUGCCGAAGUGUUCUCGAAGACACCACCGGUUGGUAUUCGAAAUGGUGCCCUUCUCUGCGAGCCACACAAAGGAUUCCUCUACUCGCCUUCCAUUAACAACGAGCUGUUUACCAUCGUAACGGCCGAGGAAUGGGCGAAAUUGAUGCAGUUUUACGACGUCGAUUAUCCGAUCAUCAUCAAAAAGAAUAAUUCCGAUCUUCAAACAGAGCCAAGCUUAUGCGCGGCGUGCAUGUUGGCGAGAGUGGAGCAAGAACGUCUGGAGAGCCUCAAGUACGACAGAGCGACGAUUUAUAUAAAGUGCGUGGAGGAUAACGAGGAUACGAAGUCGGAGAACGACUCUGAGAUGCCCGCGAAGAGACCGAAGCUGGAGAACACGAGGCCCUCGAGGACCAGGCGGAACUUGAAGGGAUCCCACGAGCUCAAAGUUUCCUCGGAGAUCACGUUGAAGGAGCUGAAACUGAUGACCAUGCAAAUUUGCGGCGCUGGACCUUACGACCAACAUCUAAUGCUGGGUGAACACGAGCUGACCGAUCAUAGUCAAAGCCUCGCUGCUCUUGGUAUAUUUCCCGGAGCACUUCUCACCUUGAAGAUCGACACGCCGAUCGAGAACGAAGCGGACGUGACGUCGGAUGCGAACAACCCCGAGUCCAGCUUCCCGGAAAAGGGUUUCAAGGGAACCGAAUUGGUGCCGAGUUGAUCUGCGUCGUCAAGGAUCAGAGGAUAGGCAAAUUGCUUUGUGGCGGAACGUUUCAAUAACGAUAGUCGAUUUAACAUAAAAUAUUUUUGUACACGAGUUAUCAUAUAUUACAUACAUAUAUAUAUAUAUUAUAUAUAUUAAUCUGUAUAAUAUACAGAGGUGUGUCGAAAAUGAGACGAGAUGAGAUCACGCUCUAUAGGAUAUCGUGUGCAAGGGUCGAGUGUGGAAGGAGGAGGGUAGCAAUCGUGGAAAAAAAAAAUCAAACGAUCGCGUUUUUCUUUUUAAAUUGUUAUUACUCGAUUAUUAUUUUAUCAACGCACAGAGAAAUGGGUGCAAUGAGGAGGAAAAAUAGAUGUUGAAGCGAACGGCGACAAAGGAAUCCAAAGACGAUAUAUUCGAUAUAUAUAUAUAUACACGCAACACGCAUAUAUUUCCUUUUGGCUAAAUAUUCUAUUCGUGCUACGAUAAAAUGGGUGCAAAGAGAAUGCGUGGCUAAAGAAGGAAGCGGAUUAUUUGCGAAGAGACGGCUUCAUUGUAAAUGAUCGAUGAAAAUCGAUAUCCCGUUAGAUGUUAAGAAGAAUUUUUCUACUACUACUCUUUAGAGAAAUUGUAUCGUCUCAUCGUUGUUUCCCUUCCCCCCCCCCCCUUUUUUUUUCUCUUUUCCUUCCUUUUUGGAAAAUUUUUGAUUGAGAGGAAACUUUGUCGAUCUAUUUUUUUUUAUACAAUUUAUAUAUUUAUUUACGUAUCAAAGCAAUUAUCGAAUGUAAUAAUCAAUCAGCCCAAAUAUAUAUAUAUAUACAUAUAUAUAUAUUUUUAUCAAAAUUUCGAGAUCAUUCAAAUUAAUUAUUUUCGAAGAGGGAUUCGGUCAUUUCCACGAGCCAUCCCUUCGCAUUUUCGGAUGUGUUUGAUGAUAUAUGGUGCUGACACAGAAUUUAUAUUAUUAUAUAUAACAUAUAUAUAUUUUUUUUUUUUUUUUUGAGAAAGAGACUUUAUUCGAGUUUGGGUAACGACUAACACGUUCACGCUUUUACAUUUAUAUUAAUAUUAUACAUAUACAUAUACAUACCACGGAGAGAAUUGGGUGCACGCAAACGAGAAGUGGGAUGCGCGAGUAUGCGAGAGUUUAACGGUGCGCUCAAGCGAUUGAUCGGUGUUUGAUCGUUUUAAACGUAGAGACAGAGAUAUUCGCAAUAUUCGAGAAGCUUUUUUUUGUUAUUUUAUUUAUUAUUAUUAUUAUUAUUAUUAUUAUUAUUAUUAUUAUAUUAUAUUAUAUUAUAUUAUUAUUAUUUUUUGCGCAUUUCAAUCAAUACUACUACGACUACCUUUAGCGAAUUUUUUUCCGGUUCUCGAUGUAUCACUAUCCCGCAAUUGUAUAUGGCUAUCGUUGCAUAGACAAUGGUUAUAGACGCGUUGAAGAGAAUUUAGAGAUCAUUAGGAAAUAAUUUACAUACUUGUUCGUCGUAGAAGCUGAAAAUAAAAUGGCAAAGUAGUACUGAUCAUGUA